AUGGACAAUGAUAAAAAAGACCUUCAAACAUGUGCAAUUACUGUCAAAGAUGCAAAUCUGGCAGCUGGCCAAAUAGAUGAAGUGCAAAUCGACCCAGAUCUCGAACGGCGCACCGUAGCAAAGUUUGAUAAGUACUUGCUGCCUCAACUCUUCGUCAUUCUCAUUCUCGCCUACUUGGAUAGAUCCAAUGUUGGCAAUGCCAAAGUUUUUGGCUUUGAAGCUGGUAUCGGCCUCAAAGGGAACCAAUUUAAUGUCGUAUCAACAGUAUUCUACCCGGCCUACAUCGCAUUCGAAGUACCAUGGACGAUGGCAGUGAAGCGAUACGGGCCUAAGAAUAUCCUCGGGAUUGCCAUGUCGGCCUGGAGCAUCACGACCAUGUGUACUGGGUUUAUUCGAAACUACCAUCAAGCGCUUGCCCUGAGAAUCUUGCUUGGUUCCUUUGAGGCUGGGCUUGUUCCCUGUAUUGUGUUUAUUAUAUCGACGAUUUGGUCUAGGGAGUCGCAGUCAAAGCGAGUUGCCAUCAUCUAUGGGAGUAACUGCCUGUCAGGUGCUUUCGGGGGACUCAUUGCACGAUGGCUUUUCAUUCUUGAAGGAGCUAUCUCUGUUGUAUUAUGUGGCAUUUGCUGGCUUCUCCUUCCCGGAACCGUUGAAGAUGCAUGGUUUCUGAAUAUGGAAGAAAAAGAAACCAUGUGGGCUAGAAGGCGUCGAGACAUAGCAUAUAAAGGAACUCAAGAAUUCUCCUGGUCAUAUGCUCGCAUGGCAUUCGCGGAUCCCUUUAUUUACGUUGCGUCGUUAAGUUUCUUCUGCUACUCAAUUGCACUUUUCGGGUUUGGGACAUUCCUUCCAACAAUCAUCAAGGGCCUUGGAUACACAUCGAAGGAAGCCAAUUAUCUCACAAUUCCGGUCUACAUAUUCGCCGCUGGCGUCUUCCUUACUGCAACCUUUCUCUCAGAUCGCAUCCGAAAGCGCGGGGCAGUCCUUAUACUCUUACCUGUACCCGUUAUCGCCGGCUACAUUAUCGUGUGCAGCACCGCCAACCACGCAGCAGGCUACGUCGCGAUGUUCCUAUGCGGUUCUGGGAUCUACUCCUAUAACUGCAUCAUAUUGGCAUGGGUCGUUGGCGUCCCAUUUUUCGUUUCUCUUGCCAAUAUCUCGGGUGUUGUCUCGUCUUAUAUCUACCCGCCUUCUGACGGUCCAACAUACGUUACUGGUAACGCAAUUAGCGCUGGUAUGGAGGCGUUGGCACUUUGCGGUGUCCUAGUCCUUUGGUGGAUGCUGAAAAGCCGAAAUGCAGUAAAGCAGAUGCUGAAAGCUCAAGGCGGGGAGCAUAAUGGAAAGGAAGGGGACAGGGCGCUUGAUUUUGUGUAUAAUCUCUAG